AUGGCCGAAGUAUUUGGAGCGGUUGUAGGAGGCAUUACGGUCUGCCACGGGCUUAUUAAAGUCUGUAAAAAGAUACACAAGGCGUUGAACCGCGUUCAAUACGCCAGAGAAGACAUUGCACAACUCGCAGAUGAAGGAAUAAUAUUCGCCGAUCUAUUCAAAACCUUUGAAGGCACAUGGGAUGAAGAUAUGGAGAGAUCAAUCGAUACAUCGCUUGCGACUCAACGUCUGAGCUGCUGGACAGAGGCUCUCGUGGAUGACCUUCGCCAGAUUCUUGUCAAGGUCAAGGCACUCACCCUAGACGGGAACCGAGAUCAGUCUUUCGCCUUAGUGUUCAGGGCACAUCUCGACUGGUUCUUCAAAAAGGGUGCUGUGGAGAGACUACGUGCAUCGCUCAGUGUUGCGAGAAUAUACAUGAACGGAUAUUUCACCAUUGUCGAAAUUCAAAAGCUGAUUCAGCUAAAGGAAGUCCUAAUCAGGGCUCUACGUGUUAGUGCACUACGUCAACAGUAUAAAACCAAGUUCGAUAUGCGAUUAGAGGACAAGCUUGAAUCUGUCAUACAGGACUUGUACGACAAGACAACGGUGUACGACGCCACGGAUAGGAUAAUGAAAUCUGCAAGACGCAAAUUAGCCAUGGCUGAACAGAAGAGUCUUAGGAAUCAGUCGAAUUCGCAAACAGAACUGCUCCUUGCCUUCACAGAAUCCGUAGAGAAGUGUGCCAGGAACAUCAUCCCUGCUUCGAAAUCGAGAAAACGCACUAGAAGUGCAACGCCAUCAGUGGCAUCCCGCACGACGUCUUAUGAUACAGAUUCAAACGCUCGCCCAUCUCCAGCAAGUUCCAGGAAAGCUGCUAAUAUUCCAAGAACUAUGACGAGCCAGUCUGGGAUACGAACAAACAGCAAAUCACAGCCCGGACCGCAUUUGGAUCCAAGGACAGUUAAAGUCAGUUUGAAUCCUUCACAGACUAAAUUGCCUCAAAAGGAAGCAGUCAUACUGUCGCCAAGAACGAUCAGAACUGAAUCAGCAUUGGACUUUCGCAUAAUUACCGAAAAAGUCGGACGGCACACGAUAUCGAUGUAUCCUCAGGCUGUAAAAUUUAAUGAUCACUAUUUCGAUGUAGCAAAUGGAAAGCAUGUCAGGACUUUCUAUCAGGCGCUAAGGAAGAAUGUGGACAGGCUGGACGGUCUCGAUCGUGCUCUCAAGUCGUAUUGUGGAGAAGAGGGCGAAUGGAACGAACUCCCAGGCUGGCGUAUUCAACUACAAGGGUGGAAAGCAGCCGUUAUUGUCGAAGGAGAUCUUGGCAGACUCAAGGAAGCUUCGAAUUGUGCUCCUUCUCCAGGCGUUUUGGCCUCCUCGUCCAAAUACCUGUGCUUUGAAGAAAAUAUCCCCUUACAGAUACAAGGGUCCCGUGCGAGCCAUAAUUGCACAAAGAUUAUCAGAACUUGCCCCAAGACCUUCUACCGAUAUUUUGACGGAUAUAAGCUCUUAGAGACGGCCUGGUUCGAUUUCACAACAUUUCUCUAUAACCAUGUGUUCCGGGCUGACAGCAUUGUCUUCUUCCUUGGUGAUAAAUACGGAAGCCUCAUGAACAGGAAUUUGCGGUUGUCUCUUGAUCUGGUCCAGAAUCCAGCAAUGUCACUUUCACUGCAUUUGCGCAACAUGCAUAAUCCAGUAUCCCGGUUUCAGAAACAGUGGUAUAGUAUAGAAUACUAG